UCAAAAUCUUAGCUGUUCACACACACACCUUCCCACCCUCACUCAACAAAUUUACUGCAGAAUUUCACACACACACACAGAGAGAUACAUACAUACAUACAUACAUUUUCAUGGAAUAUCUAUAUUUUCCAUCUCUCUUUCUUCAAUCAAUCUUCCUUCCCACCUGAGCUCUUCAAUUCUCAUAAUUUCCCACCUACAUUUUCCCACAUUACAUUCUUAAAUAACCAAAAUUCCCAACCCAUGAAAACCCUUUUCAUCUUCUUCAUUUUCACCUCCACAUGCAUUUUUUCCGGCGCCGGCGCCGCCGUGAACAACCGCCGGACACUCCACCAACCCUUUUUCCCACUAGACUCUCCGGGUGUCCCACCACCACCGUCAUCAUCUGAUGUGCCUUUUACACCCACAACCACCGCAUCUCCGCCGGACAACCGCCCAUUCUUCCCGGAGCUCGCAUCCCCUCCGCCACCUCCGGCCACUACUACUUCUGCUUCUUUUCCAGCUAAUAUAUCUUCCUUAAACCUUCCCAAUUCCCCGAAACCGAAAAAGGUAUCGGGGAAACUAAUUGCGACUGCGGCCACUUUAGUAGCCGCAGCCGCAAUAAUUAUUGUUUUUGUUAUUUAUUAUUUGAAAUUUCAUAAACAUAAAAGUCAUGAUUCUAGAUCUUUUAGUGACAGUAAAACUAGUAGAUCUGAUAUUAGUAGUAGUAUUAAUCACAAUAAUAGUAAUAGAUUAGCUAAUCUUGGGACUAAAACAAAUCAUGGUAUUAGUCAUGUCCCGAAACUAAGUAGGCCGUCACAAACUAGUGCUGAAUUCUUGUACUUAGGUACUAUUGUUAAUGCCCAUGGUGGAAUUGGUGUUACUAAUGCUAGUGUUGUCGAAAAUUUGAGGUCGGAACCGAAGAAAGUGGGUUCGGAUUUGGGAAAAGUAGAUUCACCUGAUCUGCGCCCUUUGCCGCCACUUGUAAGUGUCGGUGGCAUUGAAGGGCGGAGUCAAGGUAACCUUAGGAAUAGUGUUUUUGAGAAUGGGGAGGUUGAUUCUUCUAAAGAUGAAGAGUUUGAAGAGUUUUAUUCUCCAAGAGGCUCGGUUGGGACUCGAUCGGACUCUAGGUCGGGGUUUGCGAGUAUACCGGUGGAGAGUUACGAGACUAAUGGGAGGAUGAUCGGGUCGAGGUCUUCGUCGUGUUCGUCAUCGAGUUCGGGGUCGCCGGCAAGGUCGGUUUCGUUGAGUAUUUCGCCGCCGGUUAGUUUGAGUCCAAUUAGAUCAAGGCCAAAGUCGCCGGAUCUUUUUGCUAUUCAAACCGCCCCUCCGCCAACUCGUAUAGCUCCUGCUCCGCCACCACCACCGCUGCCGCCACAGAGUUUGGUGAUCCCGGAUAUAAGAUUAAGCAAAGACAGUGUGGAGUCUUCACCUAGAUUAUCAGAGUCAUCAAGUGAUCAAAACUCACCUCCGCCACCAACAAGAAUUCCGCCUCCUCCACCACCACCACCACCUCCGCCAAUAAACUGGGAAAGUCACAGUCCAAAAACCCCAACACCACCAAGUCGACCACCGGUUUUAGUCACACCAGCAAGACCCACAUCUUUGAUCAACGAACAACCAUUGGUUUCUCCAAUUGAACUGUUACCAGAAAAUGAAGAAAAUCAGGAAACCCCUAAACCAAAGUUAAAGCCACUUCACUGGGAUAAAGUAAGAGCAAGUUCUGAUCGUGAAAUGGUGUGGGAUCAGCUCAAAUCGAGCUCGUUUAAGUUAAAUGAAGAAAUGAUUGAGACCUUAUUUAUUGUGAAGACGCCGAAUUCAAGUAACUCAAACGAAACAUCCACCACAAGACGGCCAAUUCUUCCAUCACCUGCCAGCCAUGAAAACCGAGUACUUGAUCCUAAAAAGUCUCAAAACAUUGCAAUAUUACUUAGGGCGCUCAAUGUGACCAUUGAAGAAGUUUGUGAUGCACUUUUAGAAGGCAAUGCAGACACUCUUGGAACCGAGCUUCUUGAGAGUUUGUUGAAGAUGGCUCCAACAAAAGAAGAAGAACGGAAGUUGAUUGAGUAUAAAGAUGAUACGCCUGUGAAGCUUGGGGCCGCUGAGAAGUUUUUAAAGGCAGUUCUUGAUGUACCAUUUGCAUUUAAAAGAGUUGAGGCAAUGCUUUAUAUCUCCAAUUUUGAGUCAGAGGUUGAGUACCUUAAACGCUCAUUUCAGACACUUGAGGCUGCGUGCGAAGAGCUUAGAAACAGCAGAAUGUUUCUAAAACUUCUAGAAGCCGUACUUAAAACCGGAAACCGUAUGAACGUAGGAACCAAUCGUGGUGACGCUCAUGCAUUUAAACUUGACACGCUCCUCAAGCUCAUUGACGUCAAAGGCACGGAUGGGAAAACAACUCUUUUGCAUUUCGUUGUUCAAGAAAUCAUCAAAAGUGAAGGUGCCCGCCUUAGUAAUCCUGAAACCAAUCCCGACACCCCAAACUCAACUGUCACUAAUGAGACCAAGUGUCGGAAACUUGGUCUUCAAGUUGUUGCCAGUAUUAGCUCAGAGCUCUCAAAUGUCAAAAAAGCAGCAUCCAUGGAUUCCGAGGUCCUUAAUGGUGACGUCAUCAAACUAUCAAAGGGUAUUUCCAACAUUUCACAGGUUGUUCGGUUAAAUGAAAGCCACACAAGAUUUUCAGAAUCAAUGGACAUGUUUAUGAGAGGGGCGGAAGAGGAAAUCAUUCGAAUUCAGGCUCAAGAAAGUGUUGCGCUUUCUUUAGUGAAAGAAAUCACUGAAUAUUUCCAUGGAAAUUCGGCUAAAGAAGAAGCGCACCCUUUUAGAAUAUUCAUGGUCGUGAGAGAUUUCUUGAAUGUUCUUGAUCGUGUCUGCAAAGAAGUUGGUUCUAUAAACGAGCGGAUUGUGAUCAGUUCAGCUCACAAGUUUCCAGUUCCAAUAAACCCGACACUACCUCCAGUUUUUACCGGGUUCCCUCUAAAACGACAAUAUAGUUCUUCAGACGAUGAAAGUAAUUCAUCAUCUUCUUUUCGACUGUAAUAGGUACGGGUGAAAACUUGUCUAUUUCUUGGUGUUGUAUUUGUAUACAUAAGCUUAGAAGAUUUUGAACAUUAAAUCGGUUAUAUAGAUACAUAAAUAUAUAUAUAUGAUAUACAGAGGAGAUUUUGGAAGAAUAAGCAUAUCUCUGUAAAAAAAAGCUUCAUAUCUACUAAAGUUGUUCCUUGGAAUUAGAUUCUUUGUAACCCCAAAUCCUCUGUAAAAUAUUUGUUUUUAAGCUCUCAACCAAGUUUUCAGGUUCA